CGGAACCAGCACAAAUGAACUGACUUUACGUUAACGAGAUAUUUUUUCUGUCGGCAAAUUUGUGUUUGCCACAAAAUUGUUUGAAAAGCCAAUCUUAGCGAGGGCAUUCGCAGCACGCCGGCAGAGCGAGGUAACCGGGAAGUAGCGCAAUCGAGGCCACCACCUGCACAACCCAAGAUGGGCCGCAGCAUCGCAGCAGCCACGAAAGCCACGGUGUUUCGCCCGCAGCUCCGUGCAAUUUGUUUAUGUCUGCUCGUCGCCAGCUGCUACGUGUCGCACUCCCAGGCGGAUGAGCACAACCACAAGUACAAUGACCGGGAGGAGGUGGUCCUGUGGAUGAACACGGUGGGUCCGUACCACAAUCGGCAGGAGACCUACGCCUAUUUCUCCCUGCCCUUCUGCAGUGGCCAGAAAUCCUCGAUUUCCCACUACCACGAGACCCUGAGCGAGGCCCUCCAAGGCGUUGAGCUGGAAUUCAGUGGCUACGAGAUGGAGUUCAAGAUCGAUGCCCCACGAUCUGUCAUCUGCAUGGUCACCCUGCAGGAGGAGAGCGCCAAGGCUUUUACCUACGCCGUGAAGAACGAGUACUGGUACCAGAUGUACAUUGAUGGUCUUCCGAUAUGGGGCAAAGUCGGAGAGCGAGACGAACGGGAUGGCAAGUACUACAUCUUCACGCACAAGAAGUUCGACAUUGGCUACAAUGGCCAGCAAAUCGUGGACAUUACCCUGACCACCGAAGGUCGGGAGGAACUCAAGCCGGGAUCGCACAUCAACUUCUCAUACGAGGUCAACUGGAAGUCCAGCAAGAUAGAGUUCAAGAACCGAUUCGACAAGUACCUGGACCCCAACUUCUUCCAGCAUAGGAUCCACUGGUUCAGCAUCUUUAACAGCUUCAUGAUGGUCAUCUUCCUGGUGGGCCUCGUGUCCAUGAUUCUGAUGCGAACUCUGCGCAAGGAUUAUGCUCGUUAUAGCAAAGACGAAGAGGUUGACGAUAUGGAGCGCGAUCUAGGUGAUGAGUACGGUUGGAAACAGGUUCACGGCGAUGUGUUCCGUUCUCCACCAAAUACUCUGCUCUUUUCGGCUCUGGUGGGGGCUGGCUACCAACUGAUUUCGGUAGUUUUCUGUGUGAUUAUGUUUGCCAUAGUCGGCGAAUUGUACACGGAACGUGGUUCUAUGCUAUCCACAGCUAUAUUUGUAUAUGCUGCCACUUCUCCAAUUAAUGGUUACUUUGGAGGAUCUUUAUAUGCACGAUUGGGAGGACGACUGUGGAUUAGGCAGAUGCUGGUGUCCGCUUUUACAGUCCCAGUGUCUGUGUGCGGAACGGCUUUCCUGAUCAACUUCAUUGCCAUCGGCUAUCACGCUUCGAGAGCCAUUCCCUUCGGAACCAUGGUGGCAGUGACCUGCAUCUGCCUAUUUGUGAUCCUGCCCUUGACUUUGGUGGGUACUGUGGUGGGUCGCAAUCUGGAUGGGCAGCCGGACUUCCCUUGCCGCGUUAACGCUGUGCCACGACCCAUUCCCGAAAAGAAGUGGUACAUGGAGCCGCUGAUUAUUGUCCUUCUAGGCGGCGUCCUGCCCUUUGGAUCCAUCUUUAUCGAAAUGUACUUCAUUUUCACCUCCUUCUGGGCGUACAAAAUCUACUAUGUCUAUGGCUUCAUGUUGCUGGUGUUUAGCAUCCUAACUGUGGUCACUGUGUGCGUUACCAUUGUAUGCACAUACUUCCUGCUAAAUGCUGAGGAUUACCGAUGGCAGUGGACGAGUUUCAUGGCGGCGGGCUCCACUUCCAUAUAUGUGUAUGCCUACUCAUUUUACUACUUCUUCUUUAAAACCAAAAUGUUCGGUCUGUUCCAAACGGCCUUCUACUUUGGCUACAUGGCUCUCUUCAGCGGCGCCCUGGGAAUUAUCUGCGGCACCGUCGGCUAUGUGGGCACGAAUCUCUUCGUGCGCAAAAUCUAUUCCAAUGUGAAAAUAGACUAAGAGCCCUGCGGCUCAAUCCGCCGCAAACCCGCCCCCAGAUCUGUAUAUCAUCCUAAUCGAUUUACACUUGUAUUUAUUGAGUAGAGUUUUAGUUCUGUGUGUUUACUUUUGCUGCAGUUGGCUCUCCCCUCCGUCUCUUGUGUUUCUCACUUCUCAUGUUGGUGUGAAAAUGAAUGCCAGUCCAAUGUAUUCGCACCAAAGAUUAAAUAUUCAGUUUAUCGAUUUAUACGCAGGCACAUAUAUCACUUAAAUAGUGCUUUUUCGGGAUUGUAAAGCAAGGAACUUAGAAAUGACAAAAUGAAUGAAACUACGAGAAAAUGUAGACAAAGUAACAAACAAUUGUAAAUUGACAGGUCAGUUUUGCAUUUACUUUCGAUAGAUUUAAGAGUCAAUUAUCAAUCCUAUCUAAUCUAAUUGGAAUCUCCUUUAUUCCAUAUAAUUACUAAAUAUGAAAAUUAAAAUAUUUUUUUCUUGUCAUUUUAUGAAAAAUAAAUUUCCUCAAAUUCUUUAUUUGAUCUUGCUUGAUAUAGUUCCGAAGACCUGUUUUUCGUCAUAUAUGUGCUUACAUCCCGUGUACACCGAGUAAUUUAUUUGAAUCGCUUGCCUAGAAAACUUAUCAAUCUAUGCAAUUGCAACAAAAUGUGACUUGAACUUGUUUGCGCCAAUUAAGUUUAUGUACGAUGCAAGAAAUGUGCUGAUUAGCAAUAGUCGAUAAUCUAAUAAUAAAUUCAAUAUAAAACCAA